AUGCUCGGAGUACAAACUACAAAUGGAGACACUUGCAUGGCAGAAGACAAACAAGAAGCAGACGGUAGUGCCUACACGGCUCUAGUAGCUUGGCUGUUUUUGACAGUUAAACCGACCUCGGACAAUGCUGACGUCGGAAAGGCUCGAUCCGCACCAUCCUCGUCAGAGGAAGCUGAGACUGGCCCCUAUCCCUUACUAGGUGACUACAGCCGGCGCUUAAAAUUUGUAAAUUCUCUGUUGGUCACUACGUCGGGGACCCUGAGACAUACGGGCCGAACAAAUAUUGAAACAGUUGCAAUUGUUGGCCAUUUUAUUGAGUACGCCAGCCCAACCAAGAAUCCCACAUUGGUCUUACAAUCCGACGAUAGAAACAAGUCGUUGAGAGCUUCUUACACAAACGCUAAGAUACGGCCCCAUUCCUACCGUUCCGCGCGCGCGAGCUGGUCAAGGAUUUUAGGGCCUUUUGAUCUACAUGAUCGCGAGCUUUUCACGAUUCAAACCCAAUAUGCCGGAAAUACUCCAAUACGAAUGCGCUUGGGCGAGCUUCACAUUAGCGUUUUUCGUGUCUUCUCAGUGUUAGAUGUUGGAGGCAGUGCAAAGUCGUUAAUCGAGCCACAAGGUGCCCUCGUACAAAUGACAAAGCUGUGA